AUGUUGUCACAAUCAUUCUACCUACUUGGAGAAACACCAGCGUCCGCAAGGACCAUUGAAGCCGAUGAGAAUGCCUCUUUGGACGACUUGAAGGACUUGAUUGCAUCGCACUUUGCGAUUGUCGUUGCUGAUGGGGUUGGCUUCACUCAUGGUGAUAAAGUCCUAUUGAACGUCCAGGAAAUCCUGUCUUUCGAAGAAUCUAUUGCAAUCUCAGUAGAUGGACAUGCAGUUCGCGACGUGCCUGGACCGAAGGGUCUUCCGUACAUUGGCAACUUUUUUGAAGUCUUCCCAGACCAUCUCGGCAAUCACCAACGUCUUUUCGAGAAGUAUGGGCCAAUCUUCCAGACUACCAACAUGGGUGGAACCAUCUACCAUUCGAACGACCCAGACAUCGCUGCCAUUGCAUUCGCCGAGUCGGACUUCUUCACAAAGAAGAUCAACGAAUCGCAUCCCCUAUACGGCAUCAAGACACCAGAGGCAGGUGUCUUCCUUGGUGACACAGAUACGCCGGAAUGGAAAAUUACGCACAAGUUCCUUCCUCCUGCCCUUGGCCCCAGAGCGGUCCGACACUACGCUCCCACCAUGCAAAAGACUAUUGAGGACGCCUUUAAAGUUUUUGACGAGCUCGACUCGAUUGGCCAAUCGUGGAACGUAUACAUUUACAUGCUAAAGCUUGGCUCACAGGCUGUAGCAAAACUCACUCUGGGCAUGGACAUGGAUCACUUCGCACACAAGGAUGCUCCUGUGCAUGAGAUUGUACACCUCAUCGCUGAAACAUUGCACCUGAAUAAGAAGGUCACCUCUUACGGUAGCUGGUAUGCCAAUCUGCCUUUCGGUGAUCCCAAAUUAUUGCGAACAAAGAAGGCUCGUAUGGAGGUCUUGAUGGAAGAGCAGAUUGCGAAGGCCCAGAGCGGUGGUGUUGAAGAUUUGCCAUUGCAGGAGGCCGCCGAACGAGCAGCAAACAUGGUCGAUUAUGCAGUCCGUGCUACGGACAACAAGGGCGAGAAACUGCCUAAGACAAGUUUCAAGGAAGCCCUUGUUGUCGCCACAGGCGCCGGAUUUACCACAACCUCGUCACUUCUUUCAUGGUUGAUCUACGGCCUCGUCACAUACCCUGGGGUUCAAGAGAAGCUCUUGCAAGAGUUGGUAGACAACGAUUUUAGCGAUGAAAUGGAGAUCACCUCCGAUUUCACAGACAAGCUUGUGUAUCUGGACCGCUUUAUCAAGGAGACACAACGCCGACACAACCCUUCAUUCCAGCCCGGACGAACCGCGAAGGUCGACUUGGUCCUUCCCGGUGGUUACAAGCUACCCAAGGAAUCUGUCAUCAUCCCUGCUCUUCACCAUAUUCACAACAACCCCGCAUUAUGGGACAACCCGGCGAAAUUUGACCCUGACAGGUGGGACACACCCGAGGUGAAGAACCGCCACAAGGCUGCGUAUAUUCCUUUCGCAGCAGGCCCCCGCAUGUGCAUUGGAUUCAACUUUGCUCUGCAAGAGAUCAAGAUCUUCUUGCCUAAGUUGGUCUACCGGUACAAGUUCGUCAAGGAUGGCGACGACACUAUUGAGUAUGAUCCCAUGUUCCAGUUGAUCAGACCCACCAACUUGUUCGUACGAUCGGAGAAGCGGCUGAAGCUACCACCGAAGACUGAAGUCGAAGCAUAG